UAUCCUUUAAGACCAUGAAGACUUUACGAAUUUUAAACAUUUCAGUAUUUGGCGAUUAUAUGCUGCCUAUUGUGUAGUUUCUCCCCCUCCCUCUAGAGUAGCUAGUCUUGAGUCCAGUGCACCGCCGUGUCCCGGAAACAAUAUCAAGUGAUUGCUACACUUUUCGCGACGAAUGAUACAGUGCAAAAGAUGUAAACGCGCGGAUCUGCGGUUGUUUUGUUAACUAAUUGAGAAAUGAUAAGAGGAAUAGAUAACAUGCCAAUUAAAACAGCAAAUAUACAUAGCACAAUAGCGUUACUGGCUAGCUAACUUCAUACCCAGUGACCAAUAUAGAACGACCCGGCAAUAGUGCAUGCCUCCGAACUAGCUUGCUAACCUAGCUAGUUAGCGAGCUACAUUAAUUCUACAAGCAGCUACCUUUGCUUUGUCAGAUGGAUUAGCUGAAUAUUAGCUAUUGCAUAUUAGCUAUGUUUACACGUAACUAACGUGGUAGCUUUACCGAACCCCAAAAUAUAACUGGCUAUUGAUAUGGAACAGACAUUAAUUUAUAUUUAUUCAGUGUGGAUAUUCACAUUGAGUGACUAUUAAGUGAUGUUGUUGGCGAAAAGUUAUUCAUUGAAUAGUCUGGUCAGCUGAUCACAGUGUAGGCGAAAUCAUAUGAUCAAGCGAAACCCAAACGAGGAAACAACGCUAAAGCUUAGUACAAGAACAUCUAGUAAAGACAGACUCCAACCUGGACAACAAUCCCUAUCAUUGUGACUGAAUGUGGGAGGCGCAGACUUGGCCUGCUCAGGUGUUAGUGAAGCUGUGAACGGAGACCGCUGCCCAGACUAUCACAGCCAUGGACAGUGGUAGCACUGCUGACGGCUCCGCACCCUUCAACAGAGAUGAGUCCCUUGAUGAGGUGGCCGACAUGCCUACUGCCUACCUACCUGCCAAAUCCCAGAGCGAGUAUGAACGCCUUGGAGGCAAAACAGGGACAACGUUCUUGCAGACCUUGAUCCACUUGCUGAAGGGGAAUAUUGGCACAGGACUGCUGGGUUUGCCUCUGGCUGUCAAGAAUGCUGGGCUUGUGUUGGGGCCUGUCAGUCUCUUUGUGAUGGGGAUAGUGGCUGUCCAUUGUAUGGACCUCCUCGUCAAAUGUUCUCGUCAUCUAAGCACAAGGAUGGAGAAACCUUUUUUGAAUUAUGGAGAGGCAAUGGAGUAUGGCAUGGAAAAUGUGUCUUGGAUGAGGAGGCAUUCAGCUUGGGGAAGGCGUGUGGUGAACUUGUUCUUGAUUAUUACCCAGCUGGGCUUCUGCUGUGUCUACUUUGUGUUCCUCAGUGAUAACGUCAAGCAGGUUGUGGAGGCGGCCAAUGGCACUACUACAAAUUGUGACACGAACCAGACGGCGGUCAUUGUGCCAAGCUUCGAUUCACGCCUGUACAUGCUCUGCUUCCUACCCUUCAUAAUUCUCCUGGUAUUCACACCCAACCUCAAGUACCUGGCACCUUUAUCAUUGGUGGCCAACUUGGUCAUGUGUGCCAGCCUGGUCCUGAUAUACUGGUAUUCCUUCACGAACAUUCCCAUUCCCAUCUCCCUGCCAUAUGUGGGAAGACCGAAGGAUUACCCCCUCUUCUUUGGAACUGCAAUAUUUGCUUUUGAGGGAAUAGGAGUGGUGCUCCCUUUAGAGAACAAAAUGCAAAGGCCGCAGAGGUUCAGCCUGGUGCUGUACGUGGGCAUGGCAAUGGUCACCUUACUCUACAUCAGCCUUGGCACCGUUGGGUACCUGUGUUUUGGAGCGAACAUCGGUGCUAGCAUUACCCUGAACCUGCCCAGCUGUUGGAAGUACCAGGUCGUCAAACUGCUGUACUCUUUUGGCAUCUUCAUCACCUACGCGCUGCAGUUCUACGUCCCAGCUGACAUCAUCAUCCCGGUGGCGCUGGCUCGUGUCAGGGAGAGGUGGCAGCUCGCCGUGGACCUUCUCAUUCGGGCUGUCCUGGUCAUCUUCACCUGUAUCUUGGCCAUCCUGAUUCCAGAGCUGGACCUGGUGAUCUCCCUGGUGGGCUCCAUCAGCAGCAGCGCCCUGGCUCUCAUCUUCCCUCCCGUGCUGCAGAUCCUCACCUUCCACUCAGAGGGCAUCUCUCCCCUGGUCGUGCUCAAGAACGUGGUGAUCAGCCUCAUCGGCCUGGUGGGCUUUGUGGCCGGCACCUACGUCAGCAUCGAGCAGAUCAUCGCCCGCGCCAGAGCAGGGCUCGGCGACGCCUUGUUUCUGACCCCCUGAGAGUGGACACGGGCGGAAGUGGUCCGUUCAGAGCAUGCACUGGUCGUUCGGUUAUAUUUUUGUUUGUUUGUUUGUUUGUUUUUUCCUCUCAUAGUGCCUUAUGUUGAUUUGGAUUUGGUUUUAUUUCAUAAGGUGAUUUUUUUUUUACUGCAGUGGCUAUACAAUUGAAAACGCUGGUACUAGCCCCCCAAACACCACCUUUUUAUGUUUUUUUUUUUAUUAUUCAGUAUUUUUUAUUUAUUUUCUUUUCGGAGUAGCAAGUAUCUGAUUGAAACAUCAGAGAAAGCAUGUUGACAUGAGCACCACUAUUCUGCUAUUCUUGAGAAAAUAUUAAACAAUAUAUAGCAAUUUUGUUUGCUUUUUUGUAGAAAAAAUGAAUUGCUGCUGCAAUUGUAUAGUAAAUAUUUGACAGAAAUGUAGUUUUAAAUUCAAGCAACAAUCAAAUAACCACUCUCUGCACAGAAAAAGCAAAAUGUGUCAUCCAGUGAAAAACGUGGAAGAACAUGAUAACAAAUUGCCAAAGAACCACAGCUUCCAAUCAUUGAAACAUCUCUAUCUUUGUAGGGUCAAAGCUGCAUACAGACCAUUGUAUUCAAACCGCUACUACUGACAUAAAAACACCUGUGCAGCUCGUAAAAAAGUGAAAAUAAAAAAUGAUCAAACUAUAGCAGCUGGAAAAUACAUGUGGUAAUUUUGGCAUUUAUUUUCUGGCAGCAGUUUUUAAACUUGUUUUAGUCUUCUGAUAUGAGGUCUCCAG